GAUCGAAUCAUUAUUCUAGCGGCCUGCGAAACGAUUCCGGGUCCGGCCUUGCAGGAGAUGCCCCAAACAUUUGAAAUAGCAUAUGCGAAAUCUCGUUCGUUUCAGGAGAAACCGGGUAAUAAUCGGUGGAGAGCAGAGGAUGAGAGUCGAUCUUUACACCUACAAUAUGCGAUUCCGACCCAGUAUUUGAUGCCUUUCUGGCAGUCAGUCCUCAAAAAUGCCAACUCAUUUCAAGUUUUGAAUCAAUCAGGGGAACCAGUUCCAUACUUCAAAAACCCUCGACUGCUUUUCCAGUCCCACGAUCUCAAAAAUGCCUUCAGUCGCGAAACUCUCCAAGAAACCCUAAGCCUUUUCCAAGAGACGGUACUUCAAUCCUUGGACCCUGCGCAUCUGGAUAUCCGCUCGUGCUGGUUGGAUAUCGGUUUCAGGGAUCAUGCCGCCUGCCCUGGUCCUCGGGCUCCCUCAGGGUCAGGGUCAGAGUCAGAGCCUUUCACUCUCCUAUGGAAGAGCCGAUGCCACCACCACCUUCACGAGAAGCUCUGUCGAGUCAAUCCUAGCACUCCGUUUGCUGCUACCUACUUCCAAGGGUUUCUUCUCCGAGACAUUGGUGACUAUCAGUCCAAGGCGACAUCUAACGGAGCCUCGAACCCGGGUCGGCGCGAGCAACGAGACCCCGGCAUCAUCCGCUUUAAGGCAUAUAACUGCAUCAAAGAGCAAGUCUCUGUUAUGUUCAACAGCUACAAUAUCUUUGGGUCGGGGUUUCUUCCACUUCUCGCUCUCAAUGAAGACAUGAUUAAGGGUCUUUCGUCUACCAGCGGGGGUGGCCAGGAUACUCCUGUAACUCAGAUGAGUCGUAGCUCCUUAUUGAAAGCCUGGAAAGCCAACAAGCGUCACGUUAGAGCCAUUUCAGAUACGAAAAGUCGAGCAGGCUAUGGUAUCAGGAAAGAGAUGACUUUUCGUCUCGACAUAAUCCUUACCAUGUGGGAUCGCGGCUACUUUGAUCCCAGCCUGAAUCCCCACGUCGGUCGACUUUCAUGGAACGCGUCACCCACGCCUAGCACCGCUGAGCAUUGUCCUUUCUGGAUAGUCCCAACUAGGGAUAUCAACUGUCUUAUAUUCACUCAGGCGGCACGCUGUUUUGUCGACUUCUCAUGUAUUGUCUCAAUGCCGAGCAACGUUUCCUAUAUGAUAACUGGAUUUGGCAAUCACGAUGGACAGUACAAAAUGGGCAAAAAAAGAGGGUCACGACUAGAGCGACGCGGUCUUGGACUCGAUGAUUCAGUGACCAUGUCGGGGAUGCCGUGGAUUCCCCAACAUUGUAUGGACUGGAAUGGUGGACACAUCGCCCUAGAGACUCUUGUUCAUACCUACCUACCCCGGAAUCCUGUUCAUAACCGUUUCAUCCACCAGCCAAAUGUCCAGUUCUUUACCACAAACAAAGUCUCUGUUGAGCACUGUCUACAACAGUGGGUCAAAGAGGCUCGACUUGAAUUCGACCGUGGGCAUAGCCAAAAGGCCGUAGAGCUAGUCGAAAGUAUCACGCAUCUAGCUGUUGAAGAAGUCGCUCGGGCUUAUCAUCUACAUAUGCUCUCAAAGAUGCAACAGUACUGGAGUCGAGUUCUACCGCAGAAAAAGCCCAACGCACUUCCUUGCAUUCGUCGUUUGAGACAAAGUCAAGAGGAAUCAGUCGCCCAAGUGGGCCACAUCGUAACUGCUCAGACUAUAUGGGAAAUCUAUGACGAAGCUUGGGAUAUAUAUAGCGAUGUUCUCCUAGGUUCGCCAUCCGAACAGACACCGGAAGAAAUACCUUGUUGGAAGGCAGCACGUAAGCUUCUGCCGCCCGAGGACGCUUGGUCCGAGUUCGUAUUUCGGCGCCUUUUCGGCCGCCCAGAUCAACCAACCUGGAAUGGCCUUGGCUUUCUAAAGCUAUACCGAAGAUUCAUGGAGAUUUGGGAGGUAAUUCAGGAGUACGCGGGACCCUUUGAUACCCGAUUCCGUCGUAUGAUUGGGAAUUUCAUUCUGGUUACCUUCAACAGUGAUCGAACUAAGGAGAUUGGGACGAAUUGCAGUUCGGGAACCUGGUACACGGAUCAGCCAUCGUUUUUCAGAAUACAGUUCUGGGCUCCGUAUUUCUCGCCACCAAAGAGUAAUAUGGGAUGCUCCUGGGCCUCGGUAGAUGAUUAUCAAUGCCGCAAUCCCCUCAUAUCGCCAGUUACCGUCUCCCUGAUCUUGAGCGAUGAGCAGUUUCAGAGCCGUGCCAAUCAUUUUCAGCAGUUAUGGUCACGAUUUGUCCUUAACAAAGAGGACCCGCAUCAGAUGAGACCCAAAUCAAGAAACCGCAGAUGCCAAGAAGCGUUGCAAUGCCUCGUAGACCUCACAGGCCCCCGAUGGGCACAGGGUGGCGAUGAUUUGGCAUAUGCCUUGCCCUGGAGAUUCUAUCCCCCGAGGAUGGGAGACGAGUACGAAGACCCAUUCCGCAUCCCUAUCUCAUCAACGUCCGCCCGUUUCGAGUACAAACCGUGCAGACCCACCAGACAUGGCUAUAUGAAUAUUCAAAUAAGGCCUUAUAUGAAUAUGCAUGAAUAUAUUCACAUUCAUAUCCAUAUAAUAUAUGAAUAUAAUAUGUAUUUGCGUAUCCAUAUUCAUGCAUAUUCAUAUAAGGGAGGGGUUCCUGAUUGGCUCAAAUUAGAUCUAAUCUCUGUAGAUGAUUGGUACUAG